AUGAAAUUAGACAUGACUUGGGGCAUGCCAUUGAUUAACACUGUCGUUCGGCAACUGCGGGGUUCAGGAGGUUCUUGGGUUGGCUUCAUAAACCUUGUCAGUGGCGGCGCAGGGCUGAGGGCCCCGCGGCCUGCGUUUGCGACCGACAUGAUCAUCCCGUUUAACGGAAUAUCUGCCCAAAAUCCAGCGGCAUUCGCGUCAAUGGAACGCCUGAAUCUCGAGGGUCUAGACUAUUAUCUUCUGCUACGCCAGCCUGGUAGUCUAUGCAAGAAGCCUUGGGCACGUCCGGUGACUCCGAAUGGACAUGGGGAGGAGCGGACCAGAGCCCUCCGUACUCCGUAA